UAGGGUCACCUCAUUCUACACGCACCAAAAUUGCCACCCUUUUAAUCCAUCUUUCUUUGUUUCUCUGCACAGCAUAGGCCAAGUUUUCUUCUUUAGAAAAAGCAUGGAUAAACGAGACAAAGCAUUUAAGCUCCUCUAACGGUCCCUCCCUAGUACAUGGCACUUGUUCACGCCACACCUUUCAACCAAACCAAACCAAAAUAAAACCUACGAGUGGUGUCUCUAUGUUUGUGAGACCCAAACGCGGUCUUACUUCUUCUUCUUCUUCUUCACUUGUCCUCUGUUUUGAAUUGCUCUGCUCUGCAUGAAACAGAGUCCCCUGUUGGAUUGUUCAUUGCAAUGAGGUAUAUUCGGAGCAACAGCUUCAAGAGGUUCUUCUCAUUCAGAAGACGCAGUUCAAGGGAACAGAUUCUGAGUCCCAACAGUAAGGGUGAAGGAAACAAUGAGAUUCUUCCGCAUGAAGAAGAACCUUCUCGAAGACCCUCUUGGAAGUGCUUCUCUUAUGAAGAGUUGUUUGAUGCCACCAAUGGCUUCAGCUCAGAAAAUUUGGUGGGAAAAGGAGGGUAUGCAGAGGUUUACAAGGGAACAAUGAAUGGUGGUGAGGAAAUUGCUGUGAAGAGACUCACAAGAACUUCGAGGGAUGAGAGAAAGGAGAAAGAGUUUUUGACAGAGAUUGGUACAAUUGGUCAUGUGAACCAUUCCAACGUUUUACCUCUUUUGGGGUGUUGUAUUGAUAAUGGUCUUUACCUUGUUUUUGAGCUAUCUUCCAGAGGUUCUGUUGCAUCUCUUAUUCAUGAUGAAAAAUUGCCUCCUCUAGAUUGGAAAACGAGACAUAAGAUAGCUAUUGGAACUGCACGUGGCCUUCACUACUUGCAUAAGGAUUGCAAGAGGAGGAUAAUCCACCGGGACAUCAAGUCUUCAAACAUUUUGUUAACAAAGGAUUUUGAACCACAGAUAUCUGAUUUUGGCCUAGCAAAAUGGCUUCCAUCUCAAUGGACUCAUCAUUCAAUUGGCCCUAUAGAAGGGACAUUUGGACAUUUGGCCCCAGAGUACUACUUGCAUGGUGUUGUGGAUGAGAAGACAGAUGUGUUUGCCUUUGGUGUGUUCAUGCUAGAAGUAAUCUCUGGCAGAAAACCAGUGGAUGGGUCUCACCAAAGCUUACAUAGCUGGGCUAAACCAAUUUUGAACAAGGGUGAGAUAGAAGAGUUGGUGGAUCCAAGGCUUGAAGGGGCUUAUGAUGUGACACAGUUAAAGAGAUUUGCCUUCGCUGCCUCUCUUUGCAUUCGGGCAUCUUCAACUUGGCGACCUACCAUGAGUGAGGUAUUAGAGAUAAUGGAGGAAGGAGAGACGGAUAUAGAGAAGUGGAAAAUGCCAGAGGAAGAAGAAGAACAAGAGGAGGAGUUCUGGGGUUUUGAGGAUCUGGAAUAUGAAUAUGACAGCUCCUUUUCAAUGUCUUUACUUGACUCCAUUGGAAGUACUUAAUUAGGAGUUACAUCAUUACAUGCCUUUUUCAAUUGCUUGUAUAUAUACAAAUUUCAUAGAGAGGAGUUCAUGUGGCUAUGCUACUCCUAUCUAAUCAAAUCAAAUCUCUAAUAACAUUUUUUUUCACUUUUUUUUUUAUGGAUGUGAAAUAAUUAUUGUAAUUGAACUCCAUUAUGUCGGCAACACCAGAGGAAAUGACCCAGCAAGGUUGUUUCAAUUUCACUGAUAAUCUGGUUUUGUAAAACAAGGCAGAGAUAAUUGGGUCCAAUAGGUCCACUCAGUGCAAUUUUUCUACACGAUGUGACUAGACUAGCAAUAAUAUGAGGUUUAUAAGUCGUUUAGAUAGA